AUGCCCUUACUGAAACGUAAACCCGUCAUCCUCGCCCCUCUUCCCCCCUUAUCAGCUGUCCUUACUCCCAUUCCUCAACAAUCCUCUGAUCCAGCAGCAGUCAAGGAAAUCGCACUUCCACUAGAUGGUAAAGACGAUGAAGAGCAAUUGGAUAUACUCCUAUCAGUCUUUCGAGGAGGUAUGAAUGGAGUUCAACCGGCCUCCUCCUCCACCUCUGCUUCUGCACAAGGUGUAAAUGGCACGAGCGGAAAAGGUAAAAAGGGUAGAGCGAGUCUGGCCAAUGGGAAGAAUGAUGAAGAAGCUCAGAACGGCGGUCAUAAAUUUGGACCAUUUUGGAAAUCAUCAGAUAAAGAAUGUUGGUAUAUACCUGAGACAGGAGAGAUAUUCACAGAUUAUGAAUCCUUCUGCGCGAGGAGAGCGUUCUAUGCUCAACCUAUAUUUCAAUGCGAGGUCUCUGGCAAAUCAUCUCUGAGCUACUUUACAGCCCUCCAAUCCGAGCAGAAGGAAGUUCGUCAACUGCAUUCGAGAUUUCCUAGACAGUUGAAGAAAGCGGUAUUGAGCGCUGUGCAAUUCCAAAUAGAGGGUAAAUUAGAUACUUUGGCAGAUAAGAUAUUUGAGAGAUUCCACGAUAGGUUCUUCGAUGAGGAGAAGGUAUUCGUAGAUGUAGAUGGGGACAAAUAUCUGGCACGAAUAGUCAAGACUUUCCCACCUCGAUCAUUAGCCACCACCUCUUCCUCUUCAUCACCUUUCAAACCUGCUCAACCUAUCUUACAUCCCUACGCGACUGAUCUGUCAUUACCUUUAGAAGAAGUGAACGAGAAGGAUGACCCGUCCAAGUACUUUUAUAACGUCAGAUUGAUCGAGGAAGGGUAUCCUGAAGGGAUCGCAGCUGAAUAUGCCAGUGCAAAUGGACAGAGUAAUGGGCCCGAUGACGAGGAGGAGGAUGGGAAGGGGGAGAAAUGGAUGGGAAGUACGAUGGAAGUUCAGUGUGAUAAGAUUAGCCGAGAUCGAAUCAACUUCUCACGGGCAAUGUUGAAACGGUUCAUCCGAGAUUGCGUCGUACGAGAUACAGCAGUGUAUUCACCAUGGACGGUCAAACCCUCCGUCGCAGCGAGGUAUGGUAUACCGACCGAGAUGACCGAGGAGAUCCGUCAGGGUAUAUUGAAUUACAAGGAAAGGCAGAUGGACAAGAGAAAGAGAGAGAGGGAAGAAAGGUUGGGGUUGAACAACCCUGCACCUGCUGGAGAUGCGGAUGAACCAAAGACGAAAAAACAGAAGAAAGAGGAAGAAAAGAAAUCUCGUGAAGAGGAGAGAUUGAGGGAGAAGGAAGCUAAGGAAAGGGAAAGGGAGGAGGAAGAGAGAAAGAAGAAGAAGGCUUUGAAAUAUCCUGCUGAAGACUACCUCGUAGAAUGGUCAGAAGAGAAAGAUAAACCGGCUGGUAGGAUUGAGGUUCGACCUCAAUUACAGACGCUCUUACCGUUUGGUGAUCAAUUUGAGAAGCUGUUGAUGACUUGGAGUUUCCUGAACGUCAUGGGGAAACCCCUUGGAUUGUCGCCAUUCAGUCUUGAAGAUUACGAACGCUCAUUAUAUCACAGCGACAUUUACCAGGGUCCAGCACCUCUGAUGACUGAGAUACAUUCUGUUCUUCUCAAUGCGCUAGUAGCGGAUCUUUCAGCAGGACAUGAACCGGUUAAGACAUUGAGCAGUUAUGGUAAAGAACCAGACAACGAUACGGAUUAUUGGGAAGGUAAAAAGGGAGCUACGACCGAAACUCUCACUCCCGUAGUCCUCCCUUUGGCUGAGUCGUGGAAGAGUAAAGUCUUGUCCGUCAAGGAAGGUAGGAAGGGAUGGGAAGGAAGUUUGAUUGGAUGUUUGUGGGAAAGAGCAACUCUGGAAGAAUUACCUAAUUACUUGGAUAACAUCUUGCAUCUCACUUACGAAGAUAAACCUGCACCCACUAGGCCUACUUGGUCGACUGGUCCUUCCACCUCCGCAACGAAUGGAACCAACGGUUUGAUACUGGCUAAACCCGAGAAGAGAUAUAACUCUUUACACCAUAGUCAUAAGUUGGAUAUCAUCGCUUUCUUAAUUGAGUUGGUCAACCAGACGGAACAGAUUAGGGAAUUCAUGGAGGAGUCGACGUUCAAGUUGACAGAGGUGAGGAAAGAUCAAGUGGAAGUGAAGAGGGAGUUGAGGCGAGUUCAAGCAGAGAGAGAAGCACUCGAGCCCAAAGAGAAACCGAAGGAAGAAGGCGAAGAGAAUGGCGAUGUAUCGAUGGAAGUUAAAAACGAAGGAACCGAUUCACCGGACGUAUCGAUGAAUGGGCAUACCAACGGACAUAUCAGUAUCAGUCAUGAUCGGGAUGAGUUGGAAGAUUCGUCUUCAAUUCAAGAUGAUAUAUCUGACGUGGAAUCGGAUCAUAAGGAUUUAUCUGCGAUUGGUGCAUCUAGGCGUAAAGCGAUGAAAGAAAAGGCAUUGGAGAGAGAGGCAGAAUCGAAUUUACGAAAUCAGAAAUUGGCCAAAGAGAGGGAAGAGUUGAGAAUCAAAAAAUUGGAAGGUAAACAUAUUGCCAACGAGAAAAAGAGAUUGAUAGAGGAGGAAGAGGCGAUUAAUCUAAAGUUGAAACAUCUAGAAUACGAUUUCAGAAGAUGGAUAUAUACACUUCGAUCUAAACCUUUAGGAUACGAUAGGUUUGGAAACAAGUAUUGGUGGAUGGAUGGGUUGGGUUCAUCCCAGAUUUUCAAUAGUGACGGGAAAGUGAAUCUCGGCACGGGAAGGUUGUUCGUUCAGGGUGUUGAUCUCGAAGAAGAAGACAUACUGAGGAAUUUGGCGAUGAACGUAGUUGAAGAAGAGGUAACUAAAGAAUAUGUAGAUGAGAGGAGAAAUAAAGAAGAAGGUGGCAAGUUGGAUGCUGGACAGUGGGCUAUAUAUGAUUAUCCCGAACAGUUGCAAGAAUUGAUGAACUGGCUUAAUCCGAGAGGAACUAGGGAGAACCAAUUGUUGAAGCAGUUGAAAAUGUGGCAAUAUGAGAUAGAAUUAGGUAUGAAGAGAAGGAGGACAUUGAAUGGAUUGGACGCUCCAGCUGAUGGGGAUGAGAACACCCGUAAAUUGCGACCUAGUAGGAAAGUCAACCAGGGUGAUGAUGAAAAGGAAGGAUAUAUGAAUUGGAAGAACAAAAGAUCGUUGGAAAGUAAGGUAUAG